AUGAAUUUAUGUUUCAUUAUUGCUUUUUUUGUUUUUGCGACCACAAUGUUACAUCUCCUAUUGUUAAUUAUAAUGCAUUCAAAAGUAUUUUGUAAUUCAUAUUCAAUGAUAGUGACUUAUGGUAGACCAACUAAUUUUUCAUCUAGUAUUCCAAAUUCUGCCCCAACUUGGAAUGAUUGUGUCGUUCAAUGUUAUAUUUCUAAUACUUGUGUGCUAGCAUACUCGCCUGCAUCACCCAUCAAAUGUCAGUUGUUCAAUGUGAAUAGAGUGUUUGUUGUAGAGAAACUUCAAGCAUCGGAUGAUCAGUUUGUGGCGUUUAAGACUGUUAAAAGUGAAGUAACUGGUACUUGUGAAGAUGGCAGGACAAGUUUUACUCGGCCAACUACAAAUUGGUGUAUAAAAGUAUUUGUUGAUCCAAAUGCAUUGUACACUGCAUCUAAUGCAAUAUCAUCUUGUUCCAAUGUUAAUUCAGUAUUGAGUGGACUCGAAACUCUUGAGGAGAGGAAUUUAAUUGCUACCACAGCAGUUUCUGCCUUGGGUCCAGGCUAUUCUCAAUUUGCGGCUCUCUGGGUGGAUGGGACUCGGAAAGAUCAAUGUGUUGCGGAUGGAUGGGAAAGUAAUCCAGAUUGUACUGGUGCUAAUAUGAAUCAAUUUUCAUAUACUGAUAUGUACCUAACAAACUACGCUGGAUACUUAUGGGAUCCCAAUCAGCCUGACAAACAGGCGGCCGGUCCGUGGCAGAAUUGUAUUCAAAUGUGGAUUCGCAUCGAAUCGGCUGACCCCAACUUUCCUUAUGCCACAUAUCAAAAUGGAAAUGUUGACGAUGCAAUAUGUGACGGAACAAACUCAUCUGCUUAUGCUCUACGUGGCUUCGCCUGUGGAAAGCUACCCUACGUUCCGCUGGGAGCUUAAUUUUUGAAUUUUAGUUUUAUUUUCUUGAAGCUUUAUUGUAUUUUACAUCAUACUCAUUUACAUACCAUAUUCAAAUAUUAUAUGUGUACCUUAUCUAGUAAUUUGCCUGUUGUUUUCAAAUUAA